AGUAAGUAACUGUAAAUCGAAAGUUUAAGAAUAUUAUCGCUGUCCUGUAGAACCCGGAAGUAUCGGUGGAAAAAUGUCUCUACAUGUCAUGUGCCUCUCUCUACUAUACGUUUACCCCUUCAUACAUUUCUUAACUGCCGAGCGGGAUGUUGACUGCAGACUUUUACCCACUGAUAAGGAUAUUUCCACGGAAUUUCGCCUCCAAGCAUCCGGAAAACGUGUGAAAAUGGUUUAUUUGAAUUUGAAGAUUGGAAACGGAAGCUACCAUCCAUUGGAGUUAGCGGACGAAUUUCUUCCAGAAAGAUGGGUUUGGGCAAAGUCAAUCAAGGAACAUAUGCUUUCUCUGCCCGAAAAUUAUGAUGUUUUAUCACUGAGAUUGUUAAAGUAUCAGGUGACAAGUCUGGACGUGCAUUUGGCGGAUAAACCAACAGGAUGUGUAGCGAGUUUGAACUCAUCCAGCCAAAACAUGGCUAUUGGAAAAAUGCUGUUAGAAUAUGUAACCGUUGAGACAAAAAACUCUAGUGAUUUACAGUCACAAGUAGUCUGUGUGAGAAUGAUAAAGGUCAUAAAGGGUGCAGGAGAUAAAUAUCUUGAGUAUCAGUGCUGUAGAAUAUCGCCUAACAAUCUUGAAUUUCAUCAGGUCCUGUGUGAUCAAACUGUUAGCAUGAGCCACUGGACAGAGCUGCUCGAAACCAUUCUUACUCUCAUUGCUAUUUUCUUGGUCCUUUUUUUUCCGGCGUUUCCAUUGGCACUGCCAGAUUAUAUAUUUAGCCUUCAGCGAGAGUGUGACAAGGCCGAAUAUCGCCCUACGGAAGACACAGGUCCACACGCUGAUCGUUUGCAUCACACAAGAAAUGAAUACGUUGAAAUCAAUCAGGAUGAUGAGGAGGACGAUGGAAUUGCCGUGGAUGAUGCCACUCCGUUGACUAUUUCAACUCUUUUAUUUCAAGUUGUUCAACGACUGCCCGACUCGAGGUUCUCGUUCAACCUUAAGUUAGCUUUUAUGCUCGUCUUUCUUUGUCCACUUACUAUCUACGUUCAGUUGGGGCUCACUUUAGCGUUAAACAAAAGACACGUGGAUGAAACCUUAAGGAAAAAAGUAGACCGUGGUUUAUUUAAUUCCGUCCCAUUCAUUGCCGGUUCAAUAUGUGUGUAUCUUUUGCUUGUUUUGUUUUUAAGACCGAAAGAUUUAUUACUAUCAAAUCAGAUUACAAGGCUUUGUUUCUGCGGUAGAGUAUCUAAGGUGCUUCGCGUUUCUUUACUAGAUAUCGAACGAAACUCAGUGGGAGAUGAAAUACGUGUUCAUUUGAACUUACUGAAAUAUGGAGUCUAUAAUUUGGUGUCGAUUUUUAGAAAUUGGUUUCUACGUAAGUUAAAAACGCUGUUUAGUACCUUCACGUGUUCGAUAACAAUGAGUAAGCGUAAAGUUUCCCGAAUGAGGAGUGCACUUUGUGUUGUCUGGGUCAUAGUCUCUUUUUUUCUUAUACUACUUUUGGCCAUUUUUAGUGAAGUAUUCUUCAUCUUCCUCUGUCUUGUUAUGCAAGUUUACUUUCUAUUUUUUUUGACAUGGCAUAGACCGACCAGAGUUUUUGGCGAAUACCGUGUUUUGAAGAGGGUAACUGGAGUUUUUACAAUUGGGUUUUUGCUCACGUGCUCUGGUGUAAUUUUACGUUUGACCAUAACUUUGUUGACCUCUUCUUUUAUAUUUUUUACCAAUACUGUAGCGUAUACUACCAUGGGAAUCGCCCUAAACGCAAAUAAUGUAACGCCAUAUGCAGCUUUCGUCCUUGUAAUUAUUACAAACAUUUAUCUCUGUUACGCUAAUUUUCAGAACAGGUACAAAGAGGUCAAGGGGAUGAUAUCAACAUGUCGACGGGAAUUACAUAAGAAUACCGGAAGCUUUCAUUCCAACGUCACAAUUCCGACCAGGCUUUAUUGGUUUGUGUGCAGCAGAGUUUUGCCAGUUAAAUCUGAAAUUUGUCGCAUGCUUCGCAAUAUGGCUUUUAUUUUGAUAUUUUUGUUUUUAGUGGUAUAUUCAAUUGCUUUUUACGGAAGUGAAAAUAACGUUUCCGCUAUUUUCUCCGUCAUCGCCGUAGUUCUCACUGGGGUUCUUCCAGCAUUACUAUUAAAACUUUUAACUGAGGGAAAAUCAUUCAAAGGCUUGGAAAGAGUAAGCUUGGAAAGAAAAAUUCACUCUGCAGUGGAACAGUUCUACCCAGAGUCAAGAAAUGAAAAUACAAUUAUUAGUGACAGAGUGAAUAAACAAAGUACAGAUGUUGAACAAGUGUAAGCAGUAUUUUGAGGGAAAAAAAGUAAGUCAAGCGCGCUUUGUGCUUUGGUAAUACUCUUGUAUAUACGCUUUAACUCAAGAUGUAAAUGAAACUUGCUCCGGUUUGGAAUAGAUAUGAUUAUUACUACAAAUUUCUUGGCUUAGCCUGAAAAUUUGACCUAAUUCCUAGUUGUAAGAAUUAACAUCCCUUCCCACCAUACAAGGAGUUAAAGGGUUGAAUUAUUACACUGUAUGAUUCUUUUUAUUAACUUUUUUAUAACCUAUAGGAUUUUCCUUAUGUACAUAUAACACACAAUUGCCUACGAUAUUGAACUUUUAACCAUUUUUCUCAUCAAAUUGGGUUAUGUUUUCCCUUAUUUUUUUUUCAUGAUUUUAUUUUAGUUUAUUUGACAAAAUCAUUUCACCCAAAUGAGGUAGAGUUGUAACUGGAUCCCACUGAUGGUUUUUCUCUUAUAAUACCAACAAUACAGUUCAACAUUGGAACUGUAGGAUAUUAUUAUGGCUUUACAAAAAUAUUAAAUAAUCAUAUGUAAAAAAUGAUAUACUGAUAUAUUAAAUUUCAUUGUAUCUGCUGCAAUAAAUGUAGAAUUCGUAAUGUUGAGGAUAAUAACAAAUUUAGUAUUAAGGGGACUACUUUACUUCAAGAGGUUAACUUUAAUUGGAUCUAAGAAGCAUAUUACCCUGUUAAUACUACAUGUAUCAUUGUAGUUAAUUUUUUUUGGAAAUAAAGCAAGUAUGUUACAAUGUA